AUGAGUCAAACAGUGCGUUUGCGUAAUACAAACGCAACUACUUCCUCACUCUCGCAACGACAAAUUGAAAUGGCCUCCCCACUGAGCCCCGAGGACUCAAUUGCCCUCAUAAAAGCGAACCUUGCCGAAGUCCUCAACCCCGAAAUCAUCGACGAUGUAAUCCUCAAAGAAAAGCGACCCCUCAAAGUCUACUGGGGCACCGCAACCACAGGCAAACCGCAUUGCGGCUACUUCGUACCGAUGAUGAAGGUCGCAGAGCUACUGGCAGCCGGAUGCCACAUCAAAAUCCUGCUAGCAGACAUACACGGCUAUCUAGACAACAUGAAGGCACCUUUCGAGCUUGUGGAGUUCCGCGCCAAGUACUACGGAAAGAUAAUAAGGUCACUGUUGAAGGCUGUGGGCGUGGAUAUAACGCGGCUGGAGUUUGUGCAAGGCAGCUCUUACCAGUUGAGUAAGGAGUACACUAUGGAUCGAUUCAAGCUGGAGGGCAUGACGAGGAUCAAUGUUGCGCAGAAGGCGGGGGCGGAGGUCGUGAAACAAAGUGAUGACCCCUUCCUGGGAGGUCUGGUCUACCCUCUCAUGCAGGCGCUGGAUGAGCAGUACUUGGAUGUCGAUUGCCAAUUCGGAGGCAUUGAUCAACGGAAGAUCUUCACGUUUGCGAUGGAGAACCUUCCUAAGCUGAACUACAAGGGCAGGGCACAUCUGAUGAACGCAAUGGUACCGGGGCUUGGAGAGGCAGUGAAGAUGAGCUCCAGCGAGGCUGAUUCGAAGAUAGAUCUUCUUGACGCGCCAGAGGCUGUGGAGAAGAAACUACGGAAAGCAGUGUGUGUACCGAAGCAAGUGGAGGGUAACGGUGUCAUUGCAUUCGUGGAGCACGUUAUCAUGAGAGCGCUUGCGCUGAAGGGUGGCUCAAACUUUGUGGUACAACGGAAGGACCAAGAACCUCUCAUCUACGAAUCAGCAGACAAGCUGAAGGAAGACUACGCUGCAGACAUUCUCACUCCCCAACUUCUCAAAUCCGCUCUCGCCCACCACCUCAACGAACUCCUCGCCCCUAUUCGUGCUGAAUUUGACGCCGACGAAGAGUGGAAAGCAAUCGAAGUCCAAGCCUAUCCACCCGAAAAAGCCACCGUAAAAGUCAAGAAAGUAAAAGACAAGGGCGAUCCAGCGAAGCGUGCGGCAGCAGCAGCGGCAAGACAAAAAGUUGUGGCGCAGCCGGAUGGGCAUGUUGAAGGCCCUGACGCAGAUAAGGUCAAUGUGGGAGGUAGUGUGGCGGAGACACUACAGAAGCUAAAGGUUGACGAAUGA